ACCUGGUCUUCACUGCGUUACGAAGAAGCUUGUGCGGCAGGAAGAAUAAUAUACGGAAGAAAAAAGAAAACACAAUCCAUACAAUUACAAGUGAGGAGAGAGAAACUAUAGAGAGAAGAAAUAUCAAUAAUCUUUCUUUGGUCAACGUUUAGUCAACAGGCCGUUACAAGUUUCUUCUGUUGAUUUUCUCUCUCGCUCGUCACCUCCUCAACAAACUUAAUCUCCCGCGUCUCUCUUCUCCCUCUUAUACUCUCAAGAACCCUAAAUUUCGCCACCGUACUGACUUCACCGUCUCGAUUCGAGAUCUACGGCGGGGGGAAAAGGUAGCUAUGGCCGCCCCGGGAGACGCGCAACCCAACACCAGUUCGACGCAGAGAGUGAAGGUUUAUUUCUUGGACGAAGAUGGUAAAUGGGAUGAUCGAGGAACUGGACUCGUCAGUUUGGACUAUGUGGAGCGAUCGGAAGAACUUGGUCUAUAUGUGGUUGAUGAAGAUGAUCAUGAGACAUUGCUUGUUCACCGGAUCAGCACUGAUGAUAUCUACAGGAAGCAAGAAGACACAAUCAUCUCAUGGAGAGAACCAGAGGGCUCAACAGAAUUGGCUUUGAGCUUUCAAGAGACUGCAGGAUGCUCUCAUAUCUGGAAUCAUAUAUGCACUAUGCAACGGAAUCUACAUUUCAGUUCUCUAAACAUGAACACUGAGCUGAGGGAGCUCCCUGAUGUCGAUAUUUCUAAUCUUCCCCAAAUACUCGAGAUUGUUACUGAAAGUGGCAUUAAAGAUCAAAUGCGAUUAGCCGGACUUAUGUUGAAGGAUGUUAAGUUCUUUGACAAUUUGAUGAAUGUAUUUGAAAUGUGUGAAGACUUGGAAAAACUUGAUUGCCUUCACAUGAUGUUCAACAUUGUCAAGGGCAUCAUUUCUCUCAACAGUCAUCAGAUCCUGGAGAAAAUCUUGGGGGAUAGCCUAAUCAUGAAAGUUAUUGGUAGCCUUGAGUAUGAUCCCGGUGCUCCGCAGUCUCUACAUUACCGGAAUGAUGUGACUGCGCAUGUUGUUUUUAAGGAGGCUAUACCAAUUAAGAAUCCCAUGGUCCUGUCGAAGAUACACCAAACAUACAGAAUUGGUUAUCUGAAGGAUGUUAUUUUGAGUAGAGUAGUAGAUGAUGCUACAGCUACAAGCCUAGAUUCAAUAAUCAAUGCAAACAAAGCUGCUAUUGUUACAUUGCUGAAGGAUGACAGCAACUUCUUUCAAGAGUUAUUUGCAAGGUUACGGUCACCUUCCACAUCUGUGGAAUCUAAGAGUGAUUUGGUACAUUUCUUGCACGAGUUUUGCAGUCUAAGCAAGAGCCUUGAGAUGGAGCUGAAGCUACGGCUCUUUAAGGAACUUAUAGAUGAAGGAAUUUUUGACGUAAUAGGAGAAGUCUUGCAGCUUCCAGACACCCAACCCGUAUUAACUGGGGCAGAUAUCCUCCUCAUUUUCUUGACUGCAGAUCCCAAACUCUUACGCUCCUAUCUUGUUAAACCGGAAACUCCCCUCCUUGGUCUCCUGGUUAAGGGAUUGAUGGAAGAUUUUGGUGUUAAGAUGCUAGAAAUUUUUCGAAUUUUAUUGGCUUCAAGUGCAUUAUCGGCUGGAGCUCAGGGAGGGAAUAUUAUGGAUAUUUUCUGUGAGAAGCAUAUACCUGAGUUAGUUAAUUUCAUUACUACCUCAUGUCCUGAAAAGCCUGGCGAUACAUCUGAAAGUACAUCCGGAAGAGUUAGCAGCCUACUGAACAUUUGUGAAUUGCUGUGCUUUUGCGUUCAGCAGGAUCCAUCAAGGACAACUUUUCUCCUUCAAAAUGUGACAGAAAAGGUUUUGUUUCUCACACGAAGAAAGGAGAAAUCCAUAGUGGCUGCGGCUGUUCGAUUUUUCCGCACUCUCCUCUCUGUCCUUGAUGAGAAUGUCCAGAGUUACGUUGUAAAGAAAAACUUGCUGAAACCGAUCAUAGAUGUUUUUGUUGCCGGUGGUAAUCAUGACGAUUUGCUGAUUUCUUCUAUCUUGGCGCUUUUUGAGCACAUACGCAAGGCAAAAGCAACUGUGUUGCUCAAAUACGUAGUUGAUACAUUUUGGGACCAGCUGGCUCCAUUUGAGCACCGGAGCUCCAUCCAGGCUUUAAAAAAUGAGCAGUGCAUAGAAAGUUUGGGACCAAAGAGCAACACUGAUCCAGUUGAUAUGAGAGAAAACAGCGAUGGAGAGAAGUCAGCUUUUGAUUCUAGUACACAGAAAGAAGAAGCUAAUCCCGAUAAUUCCAAUGGAGAAGCUGCAAGUUCUUCUCCUUUGAGGUCUGAACGCGUGCUUGAUUAUGAGGAUGACGAAGAUGAUGAUGAAGACAAUAAAACUCCUCAGCAGAAACAGACAGAAGACUCAGUGAAGGGAAGGGAGAAGAGAUGCCGUUGCAGAGAAGAUGAGCGAGAGGAGUGUAAGAAAAAACCGAAGCUCUGUUCAACAAUUGAAGGAAACAAGAACUCCACAGAGAGAGUUGGCGGUGAAGCUAAGGAACCUGAGAACGCUAGAAGCAGUGAAGACAACAACAACAAUAGUUUAGAUGAGAAAAAGGAAAGCUAGGAGGAGAUGAUGAAUCUGCAUUGACUGACACCUUCAGAAACAUCAAGAGAGAUGUAAAUGGUUAACAUUCUCGACAAUGAUAGGAUUUUGGUUGCAUCUCUCUCUGUGAACUUGAGAUAAAAGCAGAGUCCAAACUGAUGAGAAAUAGAUUAGGUGAGGGGGAAGGAAUAGUAUGAGAGAAACUGUACAUAGCCCACAACAGAUUAUAGAUAUAUGUUGGUUUCUGAAGAUUAUUCUAUGCUGUGUCAAUAAGCAAGACUUAGGAAUUGCAUUUUGUGGAAAACGCAAAUCCAUAAUCAAAAAUGAUGUUUUUUUACUU